CGCAUCUUUCCCAUCUGGCCUCUGAAGUGCUACGAACAAGCCUGAACCGAAACCAUAUCUAUGGAACUGGAAGAGUCAGUACCGCACGGUACUCUAUCGCCGCUCCCGCAAGCCUACCGCCAUGGUCUGAUCGCCGUGGCACUCGCCUCAUUCCUGUCGUUCGUAUCUACGGCGCUACUAUUCCUCUUCCUCACCCACAAACUCCUACUACCUUGUCCAAGGCGAACACGUUGUCCAACAGAGCACAACUUCACGACUGCCGAAAUUCCAAUCCAACUGGCCCAUGGAGAGCCCACCGAGGAACACUCCCAAGAAACUGCCCCCCCGCAAACGUCGCGCAACCCAUUCCCUAUGCUCAUCUACAACUUACUGGUGGCCGAUAUGCAAGAUGCGUUGGCUUAUGUUCUUAAUUUACACUGGCUUAUUUCCGAUGGCAUUUUCAUCUCAUCACCUGUGUGCUGGGCACAGGGCUGGCUUCUCUCUAAUGGCAAACUGGCCGCCAGUCUUUUUCUUUCGGUUAUUUCGGCCAAUACGUUUCUCACCGUGGUUCACGGCUACAAACCGACAAGGUGGGCCACAUAUACUUGCAUCUUAUGCAUCUGGAUCUCUGUUUUUACAGCCAGUUCCGUUGGAAUCAUUGUCACAGAAAAUGGCGCUUCCGGUGGUGGUUGGUACACGAGGGCCAAUACGUGGUGCUGGAUCAACUCCGAUUACGAACCCUCCCGCUUGUGGACCCAUUACUUUUGGAUCCUCACCUCGAUAGGAGUGACAAUGCUUUUAUACGUAUGGACACUUUUCACGCUGUGGCGCCAGAAACGCUCGUCGCGUUUCCUACCGCUAAGGAAUUCAGCGCCAACUUCGGUGGGAAAGAGAAAUGCCUCCGGUCACCACCCAGCGUUUCUUGCUUACCCGUGCCUCUACAUUAUAUGCACUGCUCCCAUUGCCGUGCUACGCGUUGCUAAUAUGGCCGGUGUUAAGCCUAAUACUACAACCUACUGUUUCGUGGGGACACUUGUUGCUUGUAAUGGCUUCUUCAACUCCAUCCUCUGGACUGCCACUAUCCUGUUCAGCGCCCCACAAGACAUCCGCGAUGCGGGACUAUCCGAGUUUGCUUUCGUCAGGACUCCCGCUCGACCAUUUGGGAACACUAUUUGGAUUCAUGGGCCGGCGAGCAAAUACAGUGCUUCUGCCAUUGAGAACGGAAGAGAAAACGGGCCUAGGUGGUGGUGGUGGAAUCUGGGCGGGCAGACGGGGUGGGGUAAUAAAAGGAGUCUACGGCAGGUGAAUAGAUGGCCUCGUGGUGUCAGCCAAGAUGCGCUAUGGGGCAGUAUUUUUGAUGAAAAUUGUAUUCACAUCGACGUUUCGACGAAAGUUAUCGUUGAGCAGAUAGAGGAUCCGAAGACUAGUUCCGAGGAGAGCUCGGGAGGAAAACAGCGGGAACGAGCGGUUGGAAGUCUACAGUUCUGA